GAGACACAAACCCAGGGUUACCUGAUGGCUCCCUUUCCCUGGGAGUCAGCAGUGUAGUCAGGGAGACGGAUAAACACACAGGCACAGGAACCUGUUUAACUCUGCUGACCAAGACAAAGGAGAAGAGCUGUCAGAGGGUUGGCCUUCAGGACUGAGGCCUGAAGCCUGUGCUGAGAUCCAAAUGGGGUGGGGUUAGCAAAUGAGGAUGCAGUAAAGGCUCGUACCGAAACAAGAUUUUAAUUCUCUGACCCUCAACUGACAGUGCCCAGCUGCAAGUGGGGGGCAGCUGGCCCAAGGGUAAAGAUUUGCCAUGGACCCUCUCACCCCUGGAAACAAAUUCAAGGCCACGCGAGCCCCGGGGAAGGACCUGCCCUCCCUCGCCCUGCCCUGUCCCGGACUGAACUCCGCAAGGUCUCCCCAGGGGACUCUACUAGGCCAUGUCCCCCGCCGUCCUCCCGGCCCGCGCACCGGGCGACAGGUGCUGCGGGCGCCGCCGCUCUCCUGGAAAUGCGAGCUACCUGCACAGGACUCACAGAAACCAGGACCCAGAGAUGGGCCAAAGACACCAUCAGGCAAAAAAGUGAGGGCACCAUCCUCACUCUUGUCCCGGAAAUGGAAGCUCGACCGCGAGCAGUGUCUGGCAAUGGCCUACGUGCCAGUCGUGGUGGCCCCUCAGGGGCAGAAGGUGGACAAGCAGAGGUUCAGUUUCUACACUUCCCAGUAUUCCAAUUCCCUGAACCCCUUCUACACCUUGCAGAAGCCUACCUGUGGCUACCUGUACCGCAGGGACACCGACCACACCCGCAAGCGCUUUGACGUGCCUCCUGCCAACCUGGUCUUGUGGUCCCCCUAGGCCUGUGACAGCCAGAAGCCCCUGCCUUGCACCCUCACCCCUGUGACUCUGGGUCCCAGAGGAGAAGGGCUGCUCACUCCUGGAGGAGCGAUGUCUAUUUGGGAAAAGCCAGCUGUGUCAUGCCCCACUGUUGACAAUGGAAAGAGAGGUCUCUCAGCAGCAAUUAAAGCUUGUACUUCCUUUCCCUGG